AGGGAGCAGCCUGGAGGAGGGAAGAGGGAGGAGGGAGGGGGCCGCCGCGCGGACCGCAGGGAGCCGGGCGCAGGGAGCACCGGAGGGCGGAGCGGAGGGCUGCCAGCAACGGGCGACAGGCGAGCGACCCCACAGCAGCCCCCACAUCUCUACUGCCUGUGCCCGCGCCUGCCCCCGGGGUCCGCGGCGGCCCGGCGCGCGAGCGCUGACCUCUGCGGAGGCGGCGCGGGCUCAGCAUCGGGCCGGGGCCGGGAGGGGCACCGGGGCCGGGGGGCGGCGCUCCGGCCCGGCCCGGCCCCGCCCGAUGUCCAUGAGUGCGAACACCAUGAUCUUCAUGAUUCUGGGGGCGUCGAUCGUGAUGGCCAUCGCGUGCUUGAUGGACAUGAACGCGCUGCUGGACCGAUUCCAUAACUACAUCCUUCCGCACCUGCGGGGCGAGGACCGCGUCUGCCACUGCAACUGUGGCCGGCACCACAUCCACUACGUGAUCCCAUACGACGGGGACCAGUCGGUGGUGGACGCCUCUGAGAACUACUUUGUGACAGACAAUGUGACCAAGCAGGAGAUCGACCUUAUGCUGGGCCUGCUGCUGGGCUUCUGCAUCAGCUGGUUCCUGGUGUGGAUGGACGGUGUCCUGCACUGUGCUGUGCGCGCCUGGAGGGCUGGCCGGCGCUAUGAUGGCUCGUGGACCUGGCUGCCCAAGCUGUGCAGCCUGCGGGAGCUGGGCCGGCGGCCACACAGGCCCUUCGAGGAGCCUACAGGGAACAUGGUGCACGUGAAGCAGAAGCUCUACCACAACGGCCACCCCAGCCCACGGCACCUGUGAGUGCCCAGGACUUGGGGCUGCUGUGUACAUGUAAAGGGACCUCGUGGACGCCCAGCCGGCAAGACGGGACUGCGGCCUCAGGCCCAGGGUGUGCCGGGCUGUGGCCAGCUGGGCUGUGGCCAGCAGGCAAAUCCAGUGGAAGGUGCUGUCUCUUCUUUUUAUAAAGG